ACCAAACACCAAACAGGGGCUAAUAGCUAGUGGUUCGGUUCACCCUUAUCCUGUGUCAUGGGCUACCUUAAUAUUAGUAUUCAGUUGCUAUUUGGUAUGCUCCUUAUGCUCUGCAUUAAAUUUUAUAAAGGAGAAAAAGAAUAAUGUGAAAUAGUGUGAUAGCAAUGUUUAGUUACCACAAACAGAGUUUUAGGCUCAGGCAACUUGAAGGCUUAGAAAGAUUUCUUAGGGCAACAAAAGGAACCGUAUAACUGGAAAAUCAUUUGGUGAAUGAGCCAUUUGAACCGACUUGGCGGUUUUAGUUUGGCGUCUCAGGCGGGCUAAUACAGCAAUGACGUUGUGUCCACUGGGGGAAACUUUAAUUUGGCAAUCUUCGCCAAAAUUUCCAGUUAUACUUUAAGUUUCCUUGGAGUUGGAGUCAGUUGUCUAUGUUGCCUGACGCUUUUAUGGUGCGUGUGUGUGUUUGUGUGAUAGGUAAUCUGUUGGUGGUCACAGCCAUGUGACUACUGUAGUAGUUGACUGGCUUUAGAUUCUGCAGAGAGUACAUAAAGUAAGUAUGGCUUGUAGAGAAGAGCUAUCCAUACAACAACGUGAUAGUGCUCUUUCUGAAAGAAGUCAAAGUAACAGUGAUGCUGAUGAGACUACAAAAUUACUUGGGAACAAAUCUCCAUUGCAAAGGAAUGGUUUCCCACUGCUUCGAAGGUUUAAAGAAAGUGUUCUAAUAAAGUCUAAAGCUGUGAACACAAUUCUCUUUUGGAAUGCCUUAGCAUAUCUAUUGUACGGGUUUUUGUAUAAUCCAGAUACUAUUUUUAUUUUAGCAACCGCUCAAUCUCUUCCUCUUGGUGCACCUUUCAUUGCGUUAGGAUCUGGAGUUUAUGGGCUGAUCGCUGUUUGGUUGCUUUUCUAUCCCCUUGCUGGAUACUUGGCAGAUGUUCGCUAUGGGAGGUACAAGGUGGUCAGAUGUGGUCUGCUGACAAUGUGGCUGGCAUUGUUCACUUUCAUUGUAGUCGGACUGGCACUAUUUGCUGUAUGUUCGAUACCUCUCCCUUUUGUUGGCUCAGUUCCUUGGCCGCCAUUGGUUAACGGGGUUCUAGUUGUGUUAGGAGUAUCGGGUGGCUUAUUAGUCCUUCUUAUUUACAUAGCAUUGUCAGUUGGUUUUGCUGCAUUCUCAGCUAAUGUCAUUCAGUUUGGGAUUGAUCAGUUACGAGACAGUCCAACUAGAGAUAGCUUUCUUUUCAUACACUGGUUUGUACUAACAAUGUACAUAGGUUUAAGCGUUGGAAAGCUAAUGUGGGUUGUAUUUAGCGACAUUAUUUCAGUCGAAUCUUUUGGAAUAUUUGGUAUAGCAUUUUUUUUUUUCUUAAUCGCUGUUCCAGUUUCUCUCUGUUUUGCUAAACAAAGUUUGUUUAUUCACGAUACUGGCCUGGGAAACCCGUACAAAGAAGUAGCAAGAAUUGUCGGCUUUGCUAGGAAGCAUAGUAUUCCUAUUCAACGCAGUGCAUUUACAUUCUGGGAGGAUGACAUACCCACUGGACUGAAUCUAGGCAAGAACAAGUAUGGAGGACCGUUUACAACUGAGCAGGUGGAGAAUGUGAAAGCUUUCUUUGGAAUAUUGCUUGUUUUGAUAUCUUUGGGGCCUUUUUUCACAGCUGAUAUUGCUGGAUCAGCAAUUCUGCCGUUAGUCAGACUCCACUUUAGUGGUUAUUCAUCAUACAGUAUUGCUAAUGCUCUGUUUGCAAAUGGUGGAACGUGUUAUCCUUUGUUUAUUGUAUUGUUUAUACCUAUUUUCCUCAAGUUCCUUUAUCCGCUGUUCCAGAGAUACGCUACUAGUAUUCUAGGUAGAAUUGGAAUUGGUCUUUGUUUGACAACUGUGAGUCUGGUAUGCUCUCUCUCGAUGGAUAAGAUAGGCCAUGAUUUGCUUACUGCCAAUAUUACGUCAAGCUUGUUUGCCGCUGAAAAUUUUAAAGGUCUUUAUGCUAACCCCCUUAACCUCAACCCCUACAUUCUUACUCCCCAAAAUAUUCUCAUAGCCAUUUCCUACACUUUGAUUUAUGGUGGUGUGUUUGAAUUCAUCUGUGCUCAAAGCCCUCACUCCAUGAAAGGCUUUCUCAUUGGGAUAUUCUUUGCUGUGAAAGGACUAUUUCAGUUGAUUGGUGUUUUUGCGAUUCUUCUUCCAUUUAGUUUCUGGACUGAUUCGCCACAAGUUGGCCUCGCCUAUUUCCUAUUGAACAUUGUGAUCUCAAUUUCUGGUGUUGUGUUUUUCAUAUUAGCUGCAAGACGGUACCAGUAUCGUCAGCGUGAGGAGUUUUGUAAUGAACGGAAGUACAUUGAAGAAUUUUAUGAGAAAGACGUGAGACACAAUCAAGAUUUUGAAGAUCUUCAUUUCGAGUUUGAUUCUAAAGUGGACUCUGACUAAAAAACAUUUUAAAGUUUGUAGCAUAGAUUGUCUGGUAUUCUCUUGUAUUAACUUUGAUGGUGAUAUCACGUGUAAUUGGUGUGUCCACAGAAUGAAGCGGUGGUUAUGGCACUGGGGGUGGGUUUACCAUUACUAAAGCGGGGACUCUCUCUCUAUGGUGUCAUUAUGCGGUCAUUUCCCAUUUCCUUGUAAAAUGUAUUGGGCCUUAAAUUUAUAGAACUAAAUAUUCAGUCAGAGGACUGAAUAUUUCACGAUACUACGUCCAUGUAACUGAAGUUGUCCAGGGGGGACCAAACCUUUGGUCCUCCUGAACAAAAUCAAAUUGUAGAAAAAAUAUUUUGUGGCAGGGUGUUUAUGGCUAAUCACGUUAUGUUCACUUAAGCUCUCUCUGUGGGGUCAUUAUGUCGUUGUGCAUGGGCAACGAGGUGUGUGUGCGUGUGUGUAGGCUGCUACAGCUGCUUAAUGAUAAAUGUAAGAGCCUCUAUAAAUAGUAAUUUUUUUAGUCAUGUUUUCUUGGAAAUCAGUGGAUUUAAAAAAUAAAUGCUUCGUUCCUCGAGUUAUGGUUAUGGCUAGGUUUGCUUACUUUGGAGGCCAUUGAAGACUCUUUAGACUCGUGUGCAGCAAAAUCUGUUGGCUAUUUUACUUAGUAGUUAGCUCUGCACUAGAACGCUAGCUAUUGGUAGCAAGAGUCAGAAAAGAGCUGCAAAAGUUGCACUGUUUUCUUAGCUUGCAGCCAUACACUGUAUUUACUUGAUUAAACGCCCGGGCGUUUAUUUCAUAUCGAAGUCUGGAAAGGGGGCGUUUAAACGAGAUGGGCGCUUAUUCGAAAUGGGCGUUUAUUGGCCAUGUCUACUCCAAACUCUUGCACAAUAGCAGUUAUUAUGCUCUUUUUGGCUGCUGCCACAGCUCUCAGCUUAAAUCUUAAGUCAUAGGAGUGGUGUUUCUCCCUCUGUGUUGGUAUCUCUCUCUGCCAUCAUAAAAAGUAUCUAUAUUCUAUGCUGCCAUGGUUCCACGUGCUAGUUUAGCUCCGCCCACAGUGCCACGCCCAUACAUGCAUGGUCGAUUAUUAAGAUGGGAGUUUAUUGACAAAGACAGAGCUUUUACCAUGGGCAUUUAAACAAGAUGGGCGUUUAAUACGAUAAUUAUGGACUUUUAAAGAUUAAGUGGGUGAUUGCUUUACCUAACUAGUUGUUAACUUUGUUUUUGUUUUAUGUCUCCCUACAGCUCUCUCGUUCUACUGAUGGAUUCACCGUGGUGGCAGACUACUUUGGCAGGGGAGUGUUCAACAAG